AUGGCGACCGCAGAAACAAUCCUCAUCACUGGCGGCAACGCUGGACUCGGCCUGGAGAUUGUCAGAGCACUCUGCAAGGAGUCGAUCCCCUACAACAUUAUCAUUGGCAGUCGCGAUCGUGCGAAGGGCGAAGAAGCCAGCGCCCAGCUCCUAAAAGAGAUUCCCCAGACUUGCAGCACUCUCCGCGUAGUCCAAAUUGAUGUUCUGAGCGAUGCCUCAAUUGAAGGUGCCGUUGAUUAUGUGACAAUGACAUACGGCAAGCUUGAUGUUCUCAUCAACAACGCGGGCGCCAAUUUUGACCGUGCAAUGCAAGCCGGCGAUCUCAGUCUCAGGGAAGGCUGGAACAAAACGUGGGAUACCAACGUCACCGGCGCCCAGGUUACGACCUCGCUCUUUGUCCCGCUGUUGCUCAAAUCAGCCCAGCCGCGGCUGCUGUUCAUCACGAGCGGCACAUCUCCCCUUGUCGACACAGAACGGAUGGAUGCACAGUAUGCUUUACUCAACGCUUUGCCGGAUGCUGGAUGGCCCAAACCCAGCACACUGAAUCCAACAGAGGCGUAUCGCAGCUCCAAGACGGGCCUCAAUAUGAUGAUGCGACAGUGGUAUCGUAUCCUCAAAAAGGACGGAGUCAAAGUCUUUGCUGUUUCACCCGGCUUCCUCGCGACUGGUUUGGCCGGUAUUGGCCCAGAAACUCUGAAGAAGGUGAGCAUCAAGCGCAAUUGUAAAGCGCCAAGGCUGACUGAUGAACAUCUAGAUCGGCGCUCUCGAGCCCUCAGUUGGGGGGAAUUUUGUAAAAGAUGUCGUACAAGGAAAGCGUGA